GGUUUUAGGGACAGGCGGGAGACCAUGGCCGCUUGCCGCUGGCGCUCCGCGGCGCUCCAAUCUCCUGGAGCUGGACAUGGAUCGGGGGUUCCGCCGGAAGAGCUCCUGGCAAGGAUUCAAGAUUUUAUCAAGGAGUUUCUUUCUCGUAUCAAGGAUCGAUCGAUGCUGGUGAUCAGUCUGGAUAAAUUUCGGAUGCGCAAGCUUCGCUCUUCCGAGGACACGAAUCUCGGGAUAUUUGAAAGAUGUGAGGCGCAAGAAAACCUCUCACUCCAAACAAGUGGCCGUAGAAUCCUCGCUAUGCUCAGGGUCCUUCAAAUUGUCCAGUCGCUACUCCAGCAGGGAAAACAUGCAUCGAAACGAGACCUCUACUACACCGAUCCUGGUCUAUUCAAAGACCAAGCAACCGUGAACCAAGCUUUGAUUGACAUUUCCGUCAGGCUCAAGUGUACUAGAUCUUCUCUUCACGUAGUUUCUGUCGGCAAAGGUUUAAUCAUGGGAUCGCUGCGAUUCAAGGAUGCUGACAGGACAAUUGACUGCUCGGUUUGCAAGUCUCGCGGCUAUCCCAUUCCCACAGAUGCGAAGAUGGUAACGGACAUCAGCAGUUGUGCAGAAUACAUUAUCGUAGUCGAAAAGGAAACCGUCUUUCAGCGACUGGCAAAUGAUGGAUUUUGCAGGAAGAACAACUGUAUAGUACUAACUGGGAGAGGGUACCCCGACGUGGCUACAAGGAGUUUUUUAAGGCUUCUGGCAGCUGAAACAAAGUUGCCCGUUUAUGGAUUGGUGGAUGCCGAUCCGUAUGGCCUGGACAUCCUUGCUACAUACCGCUUCGGCUCGCCGACCAUGGCAUACGAUGCUGAAGCUCUUGCUACACCAAGCAUUCGAUGGCUAGGAGUUUUCCUUUCUGAUUGCCAAACGCAUAAUGUCCCGGAUAGGUGCCUCCUUUCCCUGACAAACGACGGUAAGAUCCAACUUUGUGAUUGACAGAUAGAAGAAAAGCCGAAGCCAUGCUCAACAGAGACUACUUGAAGCACUUGGCAUUCUCUUGGAAGUAAUUUCAACCUGUGACUCUGUGCUAAAUUUCUGUGGAGUUUUGCAGCCAGCAGUUGCGGCUGAUGCUGGAGAAAGGUGUCAAACUCGAGCUGGAGGCACUGUCGGCUUCUAAAUUUUCCGCGCUCGCGGACGACUACAUUCCGCAUAAGAUCAAGGCGGCAGCAUAUUUGUGCUAGUAUCCUUUUCGGACAGCAAACCGGUGCGUCAUCCAAUCAACACAUUCAAAGGGAGCAUCGCAUUAUUACAGAGCACCUCGACGGGAAUAAUCUCUCUUGAUCCCGCCAGCAACAUAUAUGUGCUUCGUACAUGGUAUUUUGCUUCACUGCAAAGCUUAUGGAAUGCAUGUGAGUCUCACACUCUGUGCUAGUCUCACUUCCGUCGCAUCACAGAGUGACACAUUCGAUCGAACUAUGGUUGAAGUGCCAAGACAAUCGGGCAGACUAAACAAAAUUCCAGCUUGCCCGGAGUAUGUGAAGCGAUAGUAGAGUGGAGUGGCCACACAUGUAGAGAAGCAAGGAUUGAGCUUGGCCGUGUAGCUCGUUCCAGGGUCUUGGCAACCCGGGAGGUCGUAAACAUCGAGCCUGCCGUUAGCA